UGUGUGUGUGUGUGUGUGUGUGUGCGCACGUCUCCGCAGUGAAAAGCCUGUCUCGCACCAAAUAUUUCUGACGGACACUUGUGACGACCAAUCAGCGUCCAGCCAAGACCGGCAGGGCCCGCCUCUCCCUCUUCCAUCUCUCCCGCCUCCUUGUCCCAUCACGGACGUGGCCUCCCACACCGGCUCCUCCUAUGAGCCCGCCCCCUUCGCCGCACCCGCUCCAACGCGCGACUCCGGCAACGUGGCCUCCAUCAACGGCAGGUCAGCUCCAGCGGCGGUCUCUUUGGCUCCAGGCCCCCCGAGAGAGAUGAAGUCACCGGGUCUCCCUGAGGGGGGCGGCGCCGCCCUGCUGGCCACGCUGCCAUCGGAGUUCCCAUCCACCCCAAGGUCAUAUUCCGCGUUACUGCCGCCUGACACAGCAAACAACCUGAUGGAGGAGGAGCGGCUUUAUUCCACCAGACCCCCCAGCAGGAAAUGGUCCUGCUUAGAGUCGGACCAUCGUUCUGCCACUCAACCAAUCAACCCGGCGGCCCUUUACAAGCGCCCACCCGCGGCCGCCGCCAGCGGGCCAGUUGUGUCUUCCUCUUCCUGUGCCGAGGGCGGCGGAGACUCGCUGCCCGUGGAGCGCUGGGCACAAAAUGUCAGCAGAUACUACGGCUCCCACAAUGCACCAGAAACGGGAGGAGGCGCAUGCGCACAGCCACCCCCGGCUGAGGAACUUUCAGAACUGGACUCUCUGUACCGCGCCAGCCUGCUGGCUCCCGGCGUGCACGGCAGCGCUCCGAGCCACAAAGCAGGACCGAGGAGAAUCCCGUCUGGAUUGCGGCGCUCCAAAACGCCGACGGCCGAGAUGGAGAGACACGCCUACAGGACGCCCGUGAUGCUUGCCCCCAAGUGUCCAGACGGCGCGGACGAGAGCUACAGCGCAGAAAACCUUCGCCGCAUCACUCGAAAUCUGAACACCAACCUGGGCCCUGCCCGAGGCCCAGUGUCGGUGUCCAGCCGCUCCCCUUCCUCGUCAACCCUCCCCCGGCCCCUCACCACCUCGUCGUCAUCCAUCGCUGCUCCGUCCUCGUCCUCCCGUCACGGUGUCCAGUCGCCUCUCGCACCUCCACCAAGCUCACGACCGCCUGGCUCGGGCCCCCCAGGACCCGGAUGGCGGUUCCAUGGGGAUGAGGGAGAAGCGGUGGUUUUGCAUGAGCGGCACUCGGGCGUCCCCUUGACAUAUGGGACACUUCCCCGCGCUCCCCGUCGUUCCUCCGCCUCCUCCUCGUUGUUGCUCUCCGGACAAAGAGGGGGUGCCGCCGCCGCCCCUCACAGUCUUUAUGCCACCUUGUCCCGUCCCGGCCGUCUCACCAGCUUUGCCCCUCAGCCCCGUGCGUCUCCCGGCGCAGGAGGGGGAGGGGGCGGGGUGGCUCGGCCGCUGCGUCUGGACGUGCCCCCCGACGGCGACUGGCGCCGCGGGGGGGCCGGCGCGGAGAGGAAUCCGGCCGGCCUGCUCCGCCUGACCGCGCGAACCAUCUGCUCGCUGUGCCGCCAACUUCCCGCCGACUCGCCGCAUCCUUUCUGCUCCCCCUGCGGCGCCCACGUGGCCCGCCGCCACCCCCCGCCGUGACGCUCGUUACGCUUUUAAAAAUGUGCCUACCAGGAAGUUUAAGUUUGCAACAGCGGCUGGCCUGUGCUUGACUUUACUUUGGCCCACCAAGACCAGCUCUUCUCCUCUUCCUCCCCUAUUUCGGUCUUGACGAUGACGUGCAAAAGUCUUUGGUUACACAGAAAGCCAAACUGGGACGUUUCAAGUUUCCUCACAUUUGAAGGCAUUUUUGGCCCAGAUUUUCAAUGGGCGAAGCGAGGCCUUUGGUUGUUGUUGUCGUCAGUGUCUUCACAAGCGGCCGAUAGGCGAAUUAUCGUGAUCUGCGUCGGUGCUCGCUUCAUCACCACCUCAUCCAAAACGCUCUCGGUAGUUUUCUCGAUAGUGAGUGGCCUUCCGGUUGAUGACGAUGAUGACGACGACGCUAAAACAACAGGCCGAACACCGGCCAAAGACUUUUUCAGAGCGCCGUACUUGCAAUUGGUCGCAUGGUCUCGCGUAGAGCAACGCAAGCUAGUUUUCUACAAGUCAAGUUCGAGUGUUUAGAUUUGAAGCUUUGAAACGGAGUCGCAGCUAAUCUUGAGCAUGUUUUCCUCUUCCCGUCUAGCCGACGACAUAACACAAAUAGAAACCUAUAAAGAGCUCUUUUUCUCUCUAUAUGUGUACCCAUUUAGGACUUCGUGUACCUAUGAUGUAAGCGGUGCACCUAGCGAGCGUCUUUGUUUAACUCGACUUCCCUUGUGAGGAAGAAAGUUGGGUGUGAUUUGAGACCUUUGUUGUACUCACAGCAAGCCAACACCUCAAACACACAAAAAUUCUUUCGAAUGAGCAACUGACGCCUUUUUUGUUUGUUUGUUGCCUGCUUCUGACUCAGUUCACUUUUAGUCCAAAGUUUUGAUUUGAUUGAGCUUGUUCUAUUUUUGCUGCUUAUUUUUGUACUCGGUAGAAUUAACAUGAUUAAAGUGUUCCAAAGA